GUGUUGUUCUUCCCAGAGCCCCAGACCCAGGAGGCCCAGGGAGCCGGAAGUGACCCUCAGGCAGCAAGACCUCAAAGGAAGAGUGAGAUUCCCGCCUACAGCUGUGCGGCACCCCGAGCAGGGCUCCAGUCAGGAGAAAAGACCAUCACUCAGGAAGCGGCUCAGCGGCAGCUGCUCCAUGAGGAGCUAAAGCUAGUCCUACAGCAGAAGGAGGAGAGGAAACAGGAGCCUGAGACCCAGGUGACUCCCUGCAGAGCUAUGGAGGCCAGGAGCCGCAGCGCUGAGGAGCUGAGACGAGCAGAGUUGGUGGAGAUUAUCGUGGAGACCGAGGCACAGACCGGGGUCAGCGGCUUCAACGUAGCAGGCGGCGGCAAAGAAGGAAUCUUCGUCCGCGAGCUGCGAGAGGACUCGCCGGCAGCAAAGAGCCUCAGUUUGCAGGAAGGGGACCAACUGCUGAGUGCCCGUGUGUUCUUUGAGAACUUCAAAUACGAGGAUGCACUUCGCCUGCUGCAAUGCGCCGAGCCCUACAAGGUCUCCUUCUGCUUGAAGCGCACCGUGCCCACCGGGGACCUGGCACUGCGGCCCGGGACGGUGUCUGGAUACGAGAUGAAGGGCCCGCGGGCCAAAGUGGCCAAGCUGAACAUCCAGAGUCUGUCCCCUGUGAAGAAGAAGAAGAUGGUGCCUGGGGCCCUGGGGACCCCUGCAGAUUUGGCCCCUGUUGACGUCGAGUUCUCUUUUCCUAAGUUCUCCCGACUGCGCCGGGGUCUCAAAGCCGAGGCUGCCAAGGGACCUAUCCCAGCUGCCCCUGUCCGUCGGCGUCUCCAGCUGCCUCGGCUACGUGUCCGAGAAGUAGCUGAAGAGGCCCAGGUAGCCCGAAUGGCGGCGGCUGCUCCUCCCCCGAGGAAGGCCAAGGCAGAGGCUGAGGCGGCCACAGGAGCUGGCUUCACAGCCCCUCAGAUAGAGCUAGUUGGGCCUCGGCUGCCUAGUGCUGAGGCGGGGGUCCCUCAGGUCUCAGUUCCCAAGGGGACCCCAUCAACGGAGGCAGCCAGCGGCUUUGCCCUUCACCUGCCCACCCUGGGGCUGGGAGCCCCAGCUGCACCGGCUGUGGAGCCCCCAGCCACAGGAAUCCAGGUUCCGCAAGUGGAACUCCCCACCCUGCCCUCUCUCCCCACCCUCCCCACCCUGCCAUGCCUGGACACCCAGGACGGGGCCGCGGUGGUGAAAGUCCCCACCCUGGAUGUGGCAGCUCCGUCUGUGGGGGUGGACCUGGCUUUGCCAGGUGCAGAGGUGGAGGCCCCGGGGGAGGUGCCUGAAGUGGCCCUCAAGAUGCCCCGUCUAAGUUUCCCCCGUUUUGGGGUUCGAGGGAAGGAAGCUACUGAAGCCAAAGUAGUCAGGGGCAGCCCCGAGGCCAAAGCAAAGGGUCCCAGGCUUCGAAUGCCCACCUUUGGGCUUUCUCUCCUGGAACCCCGGCCCUCUGGCCCCGAGGCUGUUGCUGAGAGCAAGCUGAAGCUACCCACCCUCAAGAUGCCCUCUUUCGGCAUCGGUGGGCCUGAGGUCAAGGCCCCCAAAGGGCCUGAAGUAAAACUCCCUAAGGUUCCUGAGGUCAAACUCCCGAAAGCGCCCGAGGCGACCAUUCCAGAUGUGCAACUCCCUGAGGUACAGCUGCCCAAAAUGUCAGACAUGAAACUUCCAAAGAUCCCUGAGAUGGUCGUACCCGACGUUCGCCUUCCGGAAGUGCAGCUGCCCAAAGUCCCUGAGAUCAAAGUCCCAGAGAUGAAGCUCCCGACGGUGCCCGAGAUGGCCGUGCCUGAAGUACGACUCCCAGAAGUUCAGCUCCCGAAAGUUCCAGAGAUGAAGCUUCCGAAAGUGCCUGAAAUGGCCGUGCCUGAUGUCCGACUCCCAGAAGUUCAGCUCCCGAAAGUUCCAGAGAUGAAGCUUCCGAAAGUUCCCGAGAUGGCCGUGCCUGAUGUCCACCUGCCGGAGCUGCAACUACCCAAAAUGUCUGAGGUGAAGCUCCCAAAGCUGCCCGAGAUGGCCGUGCCUGACGUUCGCCUCCCGGAAGUUCAGCUACCCAAAGUGCCGGAGAUGAAACUCCCUAAAAUGCCUGAGAUGACCAUGCCCGACAUUCACCUCCCGGAAGUUCAGCUGCCCAGAGUGCCUGACCUUAAGCUGCCUGAAAUGAAGCUUCCAGAAAUAAAGUUCCCCAAAGUGCCCGAGAUGGCCGUGCCUGACGUCCCCCUUCCAGAGCUGCAGCUGCCCAAAGUGGCUGACAUUCGGCUGCCUGAAGUCCAAGUGUCACAGGUCCCGGAGGUGCACCUUCCCAAGGUGCCACAGAUGAAGUUGUCCAAGGCUCCUGAGGAGCAGAGGAAAUCUGCGGGGGCGGAGCAGGCAGAAGGGACUGAAGUUAGUUUCAAGUUACCCAAGAUGACCAUGCCCAAGUUGGGGAAAGUGGGUAAGCCUGGGGAGGCAGGUAUUGAGGUUCCAGACAAACUCAUGACACUUCCGUGUCUGCAGCCAGAGGCCCGUGCUGAGGUGACCAGUGUUGGGGUCCCUUCCCUCUCUCUACCCUCUGUGGAGAUCGACUUGCCUGGGGCCCUGGGCCUGGAGGGACAAAUCCAAGAAGCGGUCUCGGGCAAAGUGGAGAAGCCAGAGGGCCCCAGGGUGGCAGCGGGUGUUGCAGAGGCGGGCUUCCGUGUGCCCUCUGUGGAGAUUGCCCCUCCUCAGCUGCCCACAGUUGAAGUCGAGAAAGAGCAGCUAGAGAUGGUGGAGAUGAAAGUCAAGCCCACUUCCAAGUUCUCUCUGCCCAAAUUCGGACUUUCAGGGCCCAAAGCUGCCAAGGGAGAGGCGGAGGGGUCGGGGCGAGCCGCCAAGCUGAAGGUAUCCAAGUUUGCCAUCUCGCUUCCCAAAGCUCGGGCAGGCCCUGACGCUGAAGCGAAGGCCCCCGGGGAAGCGGGGUUGCUGCCGGCCCUCGAUCUGUCCAUCCCACAGCUCAGCCUGGAUGCUCAACCGCCCCCAGGCAAGGCGGAAGUAGCAGGGGCCGAUAGCAAACCUAAAGGGUCCAGAUUUGCUCUGCCCAAGUUUGGGGUGAAAGGCCGGGACUCUGAGGCUGAUGUAUUAGUGGCGGGGGAGGCUGAGCUUGAGGGGAAGGCUUGGGGCUGGGAUGGGAAGGUGAAGAUGCCCAAGCUGAAGAUGCCAUCUUUUGGGCUGUCCCGAGGAAAGGAAGCAGAAAUUCAGGAUGGACGUGUCAGCCCUGGGGGGAAACUGGAGGCCGUAGCCGGGCAGCUUAAGAUCCCUGAGGUGGAAUUGGUCACACCCGGAGCUCAGGAGCCAGAGACGGCCACCAGCGGAGGGAAGCCAUCAGGCCUCCAGGAGUCCCCCACUAGGCAGGUGGCUGCAGAGGGCCAGGAGGGUGCGCAGAGGGUGUCCGCGCUGGGUAUCUCUUUGCCUCAGGUGGAGUUGGCGAGCUUUGGGGAGGCAGGCCCUGCGAUCACAGCCCCUUCUGCAGAGGGCACAGCGGGCUCUAGGGUGCAGGUGCCACAGGUGAUGCUGGAGCUUCCCGGAACCCAGGCGGCGGGUGGUGAUGUGUUAGUGGGUGAGGGCAUCUUCAAGAUGCCCACAGUGACGGUGCCUCAGCUAGAGCUGGAUGUGGGGCUGGGCCACGAAGCCCAGCCUGGUGAAGCAGCCAAGAGUGAGGGAGGCUUAAAGCUGAAGUUGCCCACACUGGGGACAGGAAGCAGAGGAGAGGGCGCGGAGCCCCAGGGCCCCGAGGCCCAGCGCACCUUCCACAUCUCAUUGCCUGAUGUGGAACUCACGUCACCAGUGAGUACCCACGCUGAGUACCAGGUGGCUGAGGGCGAUGGCGACGGCGGGCACAAACUCAAGGUUCGGCUGCCCCUGUUUGGUCUGGCGAGGGCCAAGGAAGGCGCAGAAACUGGAGAAAAGGUUAAGAGUCCUAAGCUCAGGCUACCCCGGGUGGGCUUCAGCCAAAGUGAGCCGGUCUCUGGAGAAGGCUCUCCCAGCCCUGAGGAGGAGGAGGAAGGCAGUGGGGAAGGGGCUUCCGGUCGCCGGGGGCGGGUCAGGGUCCGCUUGCCACGUGUAGGCUUGGCUUCCCCUUCUAAAGUCUCUAAGGGACAGGAGGGUGAGGCGACCUCCAAGUCCCCCGUUGGGGAGAAGUCACCCAAAUUCCGCUUUCCUAGGGUGUCCUUAAGCCCCAAGGCCCGGAGUGGGAGUAGGGACCGGGAAGAAGGUGGAUUCAGGGUCCGACUGCCUAGUGUGGGAUUUUCAGAAACAGCAGCUCCAGGCUCCACCAGGAUUGAGGGAACCCAGGCUGCUGCUGUCUGAAGCCCCGGGACAGCUUUGGAUUCCACCCCCCUUGUCUUCCCAUCCCCCAUCCCAGCUUCCCCAUUUUGUGUGUGACAUUACUAGCACUAAUCCCCAGAGGGCUUGAAGGCGGGCAACUGACUCAGGCAGGAGCCGGUGGCCUGUGCCACCUCACUGGCCGAAGUGCCUGUAUAUCAUGUCAAGCUAUGUGAAUAAAAUAAUUCAAAAGG